AUGAUGACCACCCUGUGGCUGCUGCUCAUCUUUGCUGUCCCACUACUGGGUUUCUACAUUCCCAUCAGCUGUCCCCAUAGCAAGUGGUGCCAACGAGCCCUACUUUCCAACAAUGAUGUCUCUCUGUAUUGCAACUCGUCUGGAGCACAGUGGUUCUACCACUUCCUACAAGCUGGGACCAGCUGGUCCAUCCGCCCCCUCAGUGUUUCAAACAUAGAAGCAAUAUCUGAAAGCAGCAUUCUCAUUAGAAACCCAUUGCCAUCCCAGUCUGGCUUAUACACCUGCCGGAACAAGAAAGACAUCCAAGUGGUGCAGUAUGAGAUUGACUUCCAGGACGUUAGAACCCUGCACAUUACACACAGAGCUCUGGGCCAGAAGCCCUUGCAGAAUGAGAGCCUUAGUCUGGGCAGCAAGGAGAUCAUCUUCACCCGCUGGGAGCCCUGGCAGGACUGUAACCGCUGCGGAGAGCCUGGGGAGCGCAAACGCCUGGGGUACUGCUACAUCCAGGAGCCUCUGGGGAACUCCGUCCCCUGCCUGCUCUACCUGGGAAAUGCUAGGCUGUCGUCCAGCCGCAUGCGACCUGAGAUGCAGAUAGAAGCCUGCCAUGUCCAGUGUGAAACAUCAAAUGUGGAGAACAUUGCUUUUGACAACUUCGAGCUCAGUGAGGAGUCAGGAUCUGCAUGGCUCACCUGCUUCUUAGGAUCCAUCUAUAGGCCCAUCAUCUGGGAAGCCGACAGCAAGCCCUUGACCUGGCAGGGCCAGCUCUCCGGCCAGGACCUGAGCACCAUCCUGGACCCUGCCACUGGGGGUAGGCGACUGCAGGUUUUCCGGCCAGCCAUUUACAAGUGCUUCGUGCACCAUGAGCUGGUGGCUCGCUUCAACCCCAGGUCCCAUGUGGAUCCACUGGAGGUUCUGCAAAGAGAGGAGGCUAGACAAUGGCGGGAGGCAGAAGAGGCACAGAAGGGGAAGAGCAACUAUUCCCUCCACCUGCUGCUGCUGCUGGUGGGCACCAUGCUGAGCCUGCUCGGGAUGCUGCUCAGGCUCUUCUGCCCUUCCCAGAGUAAAACAGGUGCUUCUGGUGGAAUAA